CGUCAAUGACUGUUGUAUCUUCUGUGAGUCGUUGCUCCUUUCUGUCAUAUCAUCCACUGUCCAGCAGUUAUAUCUCAUAUGGAUGAUGUCUUACAGAGCUAGCAUCAUUCUGCCGCCGACCCGGCGUUGCGCAUACCUUCGAGCAUUACCCCACCAGAGCUGCAAUUUAUAUCCCGGGCCAUACGGAUGAUCUCGCUCCUUAGUCGGUCUUCCGGACGACAAACCCAUGUUCGUCGAAUAUAUGGUUUCUACCGCGGCACUACCAGAACCCCUCCUCAUUAGCCAAUGAGUAUUUCCUCCAGUUGAUGGUGAUGUUGGGUAUAGAAACCCUCGUGGUUUAUCCCGUUGCACUGCAUGGGGACGCUAUCUGCUGCCGAGGGGGCGUUGUGCCACUACUGGUCUACCGGCAGAGGCCAAUGAUGCCACGCAACCACGUCGUGGUAGUUGGUGGGAUACUGGUAGAUAUAUUGGAAGCCCAGGUAGCUGUGCCGUAGGAAUCGGAUGGCGUCUUUCCUGAAGCCUACUCAGGUACAUACGACCCUCACUUGACUCUCGUCAUGUCUUCCAAGGCCACACAGCUCGGCUUCCUAAUUCUCAUCACGGCUCUCCUCGUCUCCAACUAUGACCGCACACUCUCCCUCCUCUCACCCUACCUCCGCGCCGCCCUCGAUCGCCUCGACCCUUCCUCAUCCCACUUCGAAGACUGUAUGGGUCAUAACUACACCACCGAAAUCCUCUCAAUCGACCCCCUCCUCAUCUACAUAACCUCAUUCGUCUCCCCUGCAGAGUCCUCCGCCCUCCUCGCCGCCGGCGAAUCCCUCUUCGAAUCCUCCCAGGUCACCGUCGACGGUCGCGACACCACCACCUCAGACCGCACGUCCUACUCGGCCAACCUCCCCCUCACCCACAUAACCUCGUGCAUCAGCUCCCGCGCGCGCGCCUUCCUAGGCGCCACCCUCCCCGUCGGCGACAUCGGCGCCCCGCAACUCGUCCGCUACACUGCCGGCCAGAAAUUCAACUUACACUACGAUUGGUACGACACUCCUCAGGUCCUCACAAAAACAGGACAGCGCUUCAAUAGGCCAGCCAGCUUUUUUGCUUUCCUGGAGGCGAAUUGCACGGGUGGGGAGACGUUCUUUCCGCAUAUUUCUGUGCCCGGGGAGGGGAGGUGGAGGGCGCAUGAGGGGGGAACGGCGUUUAUGCCGGUGGAGGGGAAUGCGCUGUUCUGGGUCAAUUUGAUGCCGAAUGGGCGGGGGGAUACGAGGGUUAUGCAUGCGGGGUUGCCGGUGGAGGAGGGGAGGAAGACGGCGAUGAAUAUUUGGCCGAGGGGGUUUGUGGUGUGAUGUUAGUUAGUGUGCAUCUGGCGGGAUGCAUGUAGAGAGCAGGUGGUGUGGCAGUGUAAAUAUGAAAAUGUUUGUUGAUGCG